AUGGUAAUAACGGAAAUGCUAAUAAAAUUUGCAGCCAAUGUCAAUCAGCAGACGACUAAUGAAGGGGCAACACCAUUGCACCUAGCAGGAGCAAGAGGGUAUGAUGAGAUUGUAACAAUGCUGCUAGAAAAUGGAGCAAAUGUUAAUCUAAAAGAUAAAAAGGGAAGAUACGUGGUGCAAUAUUGCAGAUAUGCGCGGCAAGAUGACGAUUUGCCUGCAGGAUACGAAAAAGAGCCGGAUGAAAUGUCGGCAGUCACUGAGGGACACGUUAGUUGGACGCAUUUGAUAAUAAGACAGUUCCUCAUAAGGAAAAGAGUUAUGGGAGAUAUGAUAAACCAGGAUUUGGAGCUGGAAUUGUUGUACUUGAAACAAAAUGAAGCGGAGUAUGAAGGAAAAUGUAAGAAGGAAAUGGAGGAAAUGAAGGAAAUUGUGCUAAUACGUCAAGGGAAAAGAGAAGUGACACCUAUCGACGUGUUGAAAGCAUCACAGAAGGUAUGA